AUGGAGUUCUUGAGUGAUGAGAUCUGGGACGUGAUCAUUGCAGGGACCAGCAUCCCCCAGUCCCUGCUGGCAUUAUCCCUCUCACGUUCCGGGAAAAAAGUCCUUCACCUCGAUCGCCGUACAUACUACGGAGGCCGUGAUGCUGCUCUCAGCCUGCAAGAUGCGGAAAGAUGGGUAGAAGAUCUGGAGAAGUUUCCGAACAGUAUCUUCAAAGAUGCCUCGAUCUCAAAACCAGACUCUGAGGACGCAGGGCCAUCCGCUCUGAAAUCCUCUCGAUCAUACACUUUGAGCCUGAAUCCCCAGAUAAUCUAUGCUCAGUCCAAGAUUCUCCCCACCCUUGUCUCUUCACGGAUACAUACACAGCUGGAAUUCCUCGCCGUGGGGUCAUGGUGGGUGCAUCGGGCUGGGUCCCUGCAUAAGAUCCCCAGCACACGAGAGGAUGUCUUCAAUGACGAGUCCCUGUCCAUGAAGGAUAAACGCGGCUUGAUGAAGUUCCUGCGCUAUGUGCUACAGGACGACGUUGAAUUGGACACCACGCUUGAAGACGACACGAGCCUGAGUCUUCAAUCUGCCUUGGAUACCAAGUUCAAAGUGCCAGCUUCUCUGCAGGCCCCGUUACUUGCUCUCGCCCUUUCGCCGGUGCCUGCGAGUCAGAUACCUUUCAACGUUGCCUUAUUACGCAUCAGAAGGCACAUGCGAUCGAUGGGUUAUUUCGGCCCCGGUUUUGGUGCCGUCAUCGCAAAGUAUGGCGGAAAUUCGGAGAUGUCCCAAGUGGCAUGCAGAGCUGGAGCUGUCGGCGGCGGCGUGUAUCUCUUGGGACACGAGUUGACCUCUCUGACCCUUGUAGAUCAAGACUUUUCUGGCAAAGCUCUCCUAGAAGGCACUCUUUCGGACUCAACGAACGUCAAAGCUCGAUCUGUUGCUGGAUCCCCCGAAGACCUUCCAACAACAGACCAAGCCACACAACCAGGCCAAUCGAAGGAGGAGUUCUUGAGGUCGAUCAACGUUGUUGACCAUUCCUUCCGAAACCUUUUCCCUCAAACCUCGGAUAACGGACCGGUUCCUGCUGCUGCCAUAGUGCUAGUAGACGAAGGUGACAACACGGGCUCCGAAAAGAGUCCAGUGUAUCUCCAGAUUCAUUCUGAAGAUACAGGAGAAUGCCCACCAGGUCAAUGCAUAAUUUACGCCUCAGUGCGUGUCGAAGCAGAUAAAACUUCCUCAAAGCAUCGACUUGAAUCAGCCAUACAGUCAUUCUUGGAAACAGAGAAUGCAUCAGGUACUCUCUUGUGGUCUUUAUCAUAUGUGUUUUCAGGAGUGUCCGCUGUUGCAAACGAAACACCUACCUUGCUACGACCUUCACCUUCAAUCAUGCUCUUUCCACCUGCCAGUCAAGAUAUUGCGUUUCCCGACAAUGUUCUUGACAUAGUAAAGGGCGCUUGGCAAUCAAUUACGGCACCACAGACCGAUGAUUCUUCAUUUCUUCGGUUCGAAGAACGCGAGCCUGAAGAUGAAGAGUAG